UUGCCUAGAGUUGUAUUUGAUUGUAAUCAAAUCAUGUGUCAUAUCUGUUUUUCAAUUUGUAUGAUUAUUUUGUGGCCCAAUACAUGAUUGUUUUUUGCGAAUAUUUCAUGGGCUUAAAUAGACAAGAAAUUCUCUCUCUACACAUAAUUAAAUGGAGUGUGUGCUUUGCAUUAUUCAAUUCCUUUAUUCCCAUCCUUGCUUUUGUCUGCAGAUUUGCCUAGUUCUAGAAUGGGUAUACUGAAGCUUGGGUAAGAGUGAGGCCAGCGUUCUGGGGGGCUCAGCCUACUGUCCCACCCGUGCCACAGAACCCACGGAGAGGCCCAGCGGCCGCACUGCGUGGGGGCGAGGGGGGAGGCGGAGCCAGGUUGGGGCGGGUAGGCAGUCAGUGCGGUUGCCAGGACGCGGGAAAGGGCCACAAUGGGGUCUGGGAGGUGGGCGGGGCGGAGCGGGGGUGUCCAGCCACGUCGCUUUGUUUUCCCAUAACAGGAGUCACCACAACAGGUGCUGCGAGCCGUAAGCGCCCCCCACCCGCGCUAUGGGCUCGGACGCCUGGGUGGGCCUUUGGCGGCCACACCGGCCCCGCGGCCCCAUCGCAGCGCACUACGGAGGCCCCGGGCCCAAAUACAAGCUGCCGCCCAACACCGGCUACGUCCUGCAUGACCCGUCGCGGCCCCGCGCCCCCGCCUUCACCUUCGGCGCGCGCCUCCCCACGCAGCAGACGACGUGCGGCCCCGGGCCCGGCCACCUGGUGCCCGCCCGCAUGACCGUGCGCGGCCCCGACGGCGCCCCCGCCUACUCCAUCUACGGCCGCCCGCGCCGCUCAGCGCCCUUCCUCACUCCGGGACCUGGCAGGUACUUCCCGGAGCGAGCGGGGAACGCGACGUACCCCAGUGCGCCUCGGCACACCAUUGCUCCCCGAAACUGGGGUGUCCAGGCGGAGCAGCAGAGCCCAGGUCCCGGGGCCUAUACUGUGCCCUCGCUCCUGGGUCCGCGCGUCAUCGGCAAAGUCUCCGCCCCAACUUACUCCAUCUACGGCCGCAGAGCGGCGGGCAGUUUCUUCGAGGACCUCAGCAAGGUGGGGGAGGGGCCGGGGCGGACGCAGGGUCCCUGGUCCGCGGCAGCGGAGGCGGUAGUCAGCACCCUCUGCCCUCCCGCAGACCCCAGGCCCAUGCGCCUACCACGUCGUGAGCCCGGGGGUCUACAAGUCCCGGGCCCCCCAGUUCACCAUGCUGGCGCGGACUUCGCUCCCCCAAGACAACACUCAGAAGCCAGGGCCCGCGGCCUACAACGUGGAUCAGCACCGAAAGCCCCGCGGCUGGAGCUUCGGGAUCCGACACUCGGACUACCUGGCCCCGCUGGUGACCCACGCGGACACCUGACCUGGCAGGCGGGAGCGCCCCACACUUGUUUGCUUAAAGUCUGCGAGUCCGCAUCGUGUCCGCCUCUCUCUCUCUGCGCGUCCUGGGGCAAGGCCAGGGGCGGAGCCGGGGCUGGGGCCGUGUCCCAACUCCGAACGCAGCGGGGCGGGGCCCGAGCGUCGGGCGAGGCCGGGACUCCAGCGCUGCGCCGCGUCCGAACGUCGAGACCCCACCGAGGGCGGGAGGGGGGACUCUCGGGAGCCGCAGACGCCCGAGGCCCACGCCGCGCGGGACUAGCCAGUGAUCACUCCCGCCGACGGCCCCGCGCCCCGACGGCCCGGAAGUCCCGCGUGUCCAGGGGCACCGGGGGAUCGGCAGGGGCGCGGCGCGCGAGGCUUCCCCGGGGCGGUGACUGCUGAGCCCCGCCCGCCAGGCG